CUGCCAAAGAAAUGGUACUUUGUUGCCUCAGAUUUAUUUUUGUGUAGCAUCUAAAACGACUUAGGAGAAAAAGAAGACAAGAAAAGACAUCCUCUCUUUCUCAGAAAACCUUAGUGACACUGCAGAAUGAAGAAGGAUGAAUUUUUUGCAAGAUAUUAAAAACAUGAUUCAGGACCAUAACACAGGAGAUAUAAUUAUCUAACUCCUGAUUAACAUGAUUAUUUGCAUUGGGGAACUUUUACCUUGAGCAUUUGUAGGGGUAAAGAAGAAGGGAAAUGAAAAUUAAUACUUGAAGUGUUAACUGUCUUCAAGAUAAAUAUAAUUGUCAGUGUCUCCAGGCUUUUAGUUCCCUCCUCUUUCCACACCUCCCCCUUUCCCUCCUGUUCACUUUUCACUGCCUGCUCUCAGUGCUAGAAGGCUGGUUGACUACAGAGCUGGGAGCCACAGAACAGCACUGUCAAAAACCAGGCUGGAGGCGGAACAACUGGAAGGCGGAGGCGCUAAGAGGGACGAAUGAAGUCUCAGUAACAGAUCAGAGCAGCUUCCUCCAAAGCUGCAGCUGCUGUGCCCAGCCCAGAUGUGCAGUGGAGCAACAGCUAACGGGAGCGCCGGAGCAGGUGGCAAGGAUGGAGGCGCCUUUCCGCUGCCGGUCCCCAACUGCCGGGACGGCCAAUGAAAUGCCGCUGAACAGCGGUUCUCUACUCUCCUUAGACUCCAGCGUAUUCUGCAGCGAGGGAGAAGGAGAGCCCCUAGCUCUAGGGGACAGCUUCACUGUCAACGUGGGAGGUAGCCGCUUCGUCCUAUCCCAGCAAGCAUUGUCCUGUUUCCCACACACGCGGCUGGGGAAGUUGGCCGUAGUAGUGGCGUCCUGCCGCCACCCCGGUACUCUGGCCGCCGCCUCCAGCACCCUGGAGCUCUGCGACGAUGCCAACUUGGUGGACAAUGAAUAUUUCUUCGACAGGAGUUCCCAAGCUUUCCGCUACAUCCUACACUAUUACCGUACUGGCCGGCUGCACGUCAUGGAGCAGCUGUGUGCGCUCUCCUUCCUACAGGAGAUCCAGUACUGGGGCAUCGACGAGCUGAGCAUCGAUUCCUGCUGUAGGGACAGGUACUUGAAAAGGAAGGAGUUGAGUGAGACUUUAGACUUCAAGGAUGAUACUGAAGACCAGGAAAGUCAGCAAGAGAGUGACCAAGAUUUUUCUCAAGGACUCUGCCCUACUACCCGACAGAAGCUCUGGGACAUUUUGGAAAAACCAGGAUCUUCCACAGCUGCAAGGAUCUUUGGAAUUAUUUCCAUCAUUUUUGUGGUCGUGUCCAUUGCCAACAUGGCCCUGAUGUCUUCUGAGCCAAGCUGGCUGGACAUGCAGCUAUUGGAGGCCCUGGAGUACCUAUGUAUUACUUGGUUCACUGGGGAGUUUGCCCUACGCUUACUCUGUGUGAGGAACAGGUGUGGCUUCUUAAGGAAGGUGGCAAAUAUCAUUGACCUCUUGGCCAUCCUCCCCUUCUAUAUCACUCUGUUGGUGGAGAGCCUAAGUGAAAGUGAAACCACACAAGAGCUGGAAAAUGUGGGACGCAUCGUGCAGGUUUUGAGGCUGCUCAGGGCUCUUCGAAUGCUUAAACUGGGCAGACAUUCAACAGGCUUGCGGUCACUAGGAAUGACACUCACUCAGUGUUAUGAAGAGGUUGGUCUGCUCCUCCUAUUUCUCUCCGUGGGCAUUUCAAUAUUUUCAACUGUGGAAUAUUUUGCUGAGCAAAGCAUGCCAGGCACAACCUUCACAAGUGUGCCCUGUGCAUGGUGGUGGGCAACAACAUCCAUGACUACUGUGGGUUAUGGUGACAUUAGGCCAGACACCACCACAGGCAAAAUCGUGGCCUUUGUGUGUAUACUAUCGGGGAUACUUGUUUUGGCCUUGCCUAUUGCUAUUAUUAAUGAUCGCUUUUCUGCCUGCUAUUUUACUCUGAAGCUAAAGGAAGCAGCUAUUCGACAGCGUGAAGCCUUGAAGAAAUUGACAAAGAAUAUAGCCACUGACUCCUAUAUCAGUGUUAAUUUGAGAGAUGUUUAUGCCAGAAGUAUCAUGGAAAUGCUCCGAUUGAAAGGCAGAGAAAGAGCAAGUACUAGGAGCAGUGGGGGAGAUGAUUUCUGGUUUUAAAUCCACUUUCAGUAUAUUUUCAAAAAGCUUGUAUGUAAUUGGCAAGGUUAAUGAAGCAUUGAUGUACAUGUCUGCUAAUGUUAAGAUGAUUAUCUUGUAGCAUUUACUGUUUUACUUUUUCCAACUUGUUUCCUUGGUGUAUCAGAAUAUUUUAUAUCCUCAAAGACAAACAGAAAUAUUCAAGGUGACACUAAAGCUAUUUUUCAUUUUUGGAUCUCAAAACAACCAAAGCAAUUAAUACAUCAAAGUGAAAUCUCUCCAGUGACAAAUGUGUGGCAGGUUUCUAAAUGUGUGUAGUAAUAAAACUAUGACAUGGGGAGCAUUAAGGAAAUGAAUAUGCCUCCAAACUCAAUUUAUAAAGGAAUGACAAUUAAAAAAUUUUUCAAAAGUUUACAACCAUGUAAAUUUUUUCUUCUCAAUUGUAUUACCCUAGAAAGAAAGUAUAUGAUUGCCUUGCUCAUUAGUCUCUUGACUGUUGCUAACAUGGGCACAUUCAUGGACUCAAUACCUAAAUGAACCAAUUAACUUUGAACCAAAAAAAGUUGAUUUUCUAUUCACAAAUUGACAUAGAUUUAUCCUUCAUUCUCAUAAAAUGCUCCAAUUAAAUUAUUAAUAUAAUUAUCAAAUGAGAAGAGCAAAUGACUCUGGAUGGUUAUUGUAAUAUAUCAUCCUUACUUGGAGGUUGGAGAUAAAGGAAAGAGACAAUGAUAUAGGGGAGGUAUAUAGAAUUCAGACUACUAGCAAUGCAGUAUGAGUGUUCAGUUGAACCUUAAGAAAUAGAAUACUUUCAUACUAGGCAAUUGGUACUGUAACUCUGUGGGUUUACUAAGAGUAAUAUAAUUACCAAGGCAGUUUGCUUAAUGGUUUCCCAGGUAGAUUUUAAACUCUAGUAGUGAUUGGUUAACUAUGGAUAGCUUUGAUUUUGUCUUUGAUUCAGUAAAUAUUGGGUAUUACAUCAUGAAUAAAUUGCAAAUUCAGAAUUUUAAUUAUUAAAUGACCAUAUUUCAAUCAAUGAAAAUAGUAUAUUUGGCUAACAGCAAUAGACUUAGUAAUCAUUUUUUAUUCAAUUAUAUUCUUUAUAUUUCUUUCAUUGUCCCAAUAAAUGUUCAAUUAAAGUUUUGAAACUGACUGAAAGGCAAGAAAAAUCAAUCAUCUGCUUUGAGAAUUAAAAAUACUAAGUCUGUCUUAUUAUAGCAUUAUUGUCCAACACUAUCAAGUUAAUAGACAGAAAAAUCAAUAAAAUGAAACACAUUGUCAUAAGGACAGGGAUGCAACUAUCAUUUCAUCAAUAGAUUGAGAAUUCCCAGCUGGGGAAGCAUUGCAGUCAUCUCUGUAAUUUAUUAUUGCCUAGAACACUGAGAGAUUAAGUUAUUUGCUCUGUGUCACAAAAGCGUAUGGUUAGAGAUGGAACAUAAACCUAGGUCCUCUCUAACCACAAUACCAUCCUGAAGUAAAUGAGAUCUAUGGAAAUUUCAUGGUAAAUGCCAUACCUAUUUAUUAAUCCUGAACACAAGGAAUAAAUUCAAACCCAGGAAGAAUAUACAUUUACUUCUUAAGAAUUAUGGUAAUAUCUGAAGAGCUGGCACCAUAAUAAAUUAUUAUCCUUACUAAAUAAAUAUUUAACAUAAAUUUUUAACAUAAUAAAAAUUUAACAUAAAACAUAAAAUAUUAUGUUUUAAAUUAAUAAAUUUUAAAUAAUACUUGUUUUAAACUAGUAAGGAGAAUUUGUAAUAUGAAUGACACAUUUUUCCUAUUUAGAUUUAUUUGCUGGGUUAUUUUUCUAUAUCCUAAGUCUUUAUAUUAAGAAUUUGUGCUUGUGUAAUAUGAACAAAAAUUUAUAUUAAUUACAACAAAAAGGAACCAAUGUUAUAUUCAGAAUACAGACAUAACAAUGAGAAAAUAUAGAUACCAUAUUUUAAAGCUUUAAUGAAGUAUUCUGCACCUAAGAAGAUGAUUCUCAAGUUUAUUUAUCUAGACAAUUGAAGAAAAGAAGAAAAAUAAAAUGAUUUCUCCUGAUCCCCGGUCUUACAACAUCAGUUGAUUGUUGGACAUCUCAAACAUGAAGUUCUAUGGACAUUUCGAGUUUAACAUGUCCAAACUGAACUAAUUAUCUUCCCUCCCCAAUAUCACCCCCUUCCUAACUCUCUCCUUUUGUCCUCCUACACUUUCACUAACCUGAUGCAGGUUCUCAUCACUUACCUGGUAUAUUGUAAUAGCCUUGUGGUUAGUCUCACUGCCUCUCCCCAUGCCAGUGCAUCCUUCCUGACAUUAUCCUUUAGCUGUCAAAUUGAUCUUUCUACAGUGCAAGUCUGACCACAUCAUCCCCUCUGCUUAUAUACUUCCAGUGGCUCCCUAUUGCUUGCAGAAACAAAUAUAAAAUCUCUUUGGCUUUUAAAGUCCUUCAUAACUUGGCCCCUUUUUUUUAUCUUUGAAGGUUUCUUAUACCUUACUUUCCUCCUUGACUUUAGCAAUACACUGAAUUUGGCUUCUUUGCUCUUCCUCACACGAGGCAUUUCAUCUCCUGAAUCUAUGCAUUGCCACUGGUUGCUCCCCACAUCUGAAAUUCUCCCUCUCCUCUUCUCUUCUUCCUGGCUUUUGUGGCUUCCUUCAACUUUUAGCUAAACUCAUAUUCUACAGGAAACCUUUCUUAGUUCCCCUUAAUGCUAACAACCCCUCUCCCCAUUAUCUCCAAUUAAUCAUGUGUAUAUAUUAUUGGCACAUUAAUUUACAUGUCAUCUCCCCCAUUAGAGUUUGUGCUCCUUGAGAGAAAAGAUUCUUUCCUAGAACUCCUUGCCAUUAGUACAAUGGUUGACACAUAGAGAAUGUUUAAUACAUUUUUUCUUAACAACUCUGGCAAUAAAUAAACUAUUUUAUUUCAAUACA